CACAAUAUGGCGAAUGUGUUUUUCAAGAAUCGCAGGGUUUACCUGUUGACAUUGGUGGCCUAUAUGGGUUCCUUCCUCUUUGGCUACGAUACUGGUGUCAUGGGAUCGGUGCUGGAACUGGAAAGCUUCAAGAGCGACUUUGGCAUGGCUGCUUCCUCGACAGGAUUCAAGAACGGCAGAAACGCAGAGAUAUCGUCCAACGUCGUGUCACUACUUACCGCUGGCUGUUUCUUUGGCGCCCUCGCUGCACCAUGGCUGAACGAACGUCUUGGUCGCCGAUACUCUCUCAUGAUCUUUAGCGUCAUCUUUAUGAUUGGCGCUGCCGUUCAAACUGCAGCUUCUCAUGCGAUCGGUACCAUCUACGGCGGUCGCGUUAUUGCUGGUCUAGGUAUUGGUGGUAUGAGUGCCAUUACACCAGUCUUUGUAUCUGAAAACUGCCCUCCAGAUGUUCGCGGCAGGAUCUCCGGUCUCUUCCAGGAAUUCUUGGUUCUCGGUGUCAUGUUCAGUUACUGGCUCUGCUAUGGCGUCAAGAAGAAUAUUGCACCAUCCACCAUGCAAUGGCGUGUUCCUGUCGCUCUUCAACUCGUUCCUUCAGGCAUCAUGUUUUGCGGUCUGUGGUUCUUGAAGGAGAGUCCGCGAUGGUUGGCCAAAAACGAUCGCCAUGAUGAGGCUCUGGCUAGUCUGGCAUAUAUUCGCUGUGUUUUCACCGACGACCCGGAGGUUUUGCAGGAACUUGCAGAGAUUCGUGCGUCUGUGGAAGAAGAGUUUUUGGCUACUGAGGGGUUGAGCUGGAAAGAGUGUCUGAAGCCUGGAUAUCGCGAACGCUUUGGUAUUGCAUUUUGCAUCAUGUUCUGGCAGCAAUGGUCAGGCACAAACUCGAUCGGAUACUAUGCUCCUCAGAUCUUCGCUUCUGUUGGGCUGAGUGGGUCCAGCAGUUCGCUAUUCGCGACUGGUGUCUAUGGUACUGUCAAGGUCAUCGCUACGGGAAUUUUCCUGAUUAUUGGAAUCGAGCGCUUUGGUCGCAAGUGGCCUUUGGUUGCAGGAGCCUGGUGGAUGGCGGCUUGCAUGUUCAUCAUUGGCGCUGUUCUGGUAUCCUUCCCACCAGAUCCUGAUGCUGGGUCUGUGAGCUCUGCUUCCAUCGCCAUGGUGGUGAUGAUUUAUCUUUAUGUCAUUGGCUAUUCUGCGCUGAGAGCUUAUGGCGUAGGGUUUGCUUCUGCUACCCAGUGGCUCUUCAACUUUGUCGUCACAAAAGUCACACCUGCAGCCAUCAACAGUAUUGGCUGGCGCACUUUCAUCAUGUUUGGCUGUUUCUGCACUGCCAUGGGCAUUUUUGUCUUGGUAUUCCUCAAAGACACUACAGGCCGCAGUCUGGAAGAGAUGGAUAUCCUGUUUGGGGCGGUCACUGCAGAGCAGAGGAAGAAGGAUGUGGAGUUGGCUGUGGCAGAGGAGUAUAAGGCUGAUCCGCAUGCUGAGCAUGUGGAUCGCGUGGAAGAGNACCAGGUGUAUAGGGAUAAAAGUGGGAAGUAA